AUGACAACAAUCUCACCAUAUCAACAAUUCAUAGAAUCACCAUAUCAAGAAUAUCAAGAUUUCUUUGACGACAUCACAUUACAUAUGGAAAUUAUAAAAAAACUUACGUUACAAGACUUUCUUUGCCAAAAGAAACCUACUGAAGAAGAACUGAUCACUGUUUUUCCUCUUUCAAAAAUCAUUAAAGACCAUUUCUUUACGGCAAUCACAACAAUCCCUCAUUUGAAUCACUUUCUUUUGGUUUUAGUUCCGACACACUUGACCGAAAUGGAAUUCUAUUUUUUGUACCUCAAAGUGCUUUUUGCAAAACACAAGAACACGGACGUCUUCACACGAAUUCAGCAAAAACGAAAGAUGUUACAAACAAAACUCGACCCGUCCACGUUGUUCACUAUGAGAUAUGUUUAUUUGUUGAUAAAAAAUACACAAGUCACCAAUUUGGCAAUUUUUGAGAAAGCAAUUGCUAUUUCAAAUACAAAAACGAAUGGGAUGACAAAAAAGACCUUUGCAAACGUUUUGGCGAACUCCGACCACCUCCCACAUUGUCAAAAAGAGACGGACGAAAGGUAUAAUUUCGUUAUGUUUUUGUUUUGUGAAGUCUUUGAAAAUCAUGACGUCCAUUUCCCGUUUUUACCCAAUUUAUUCCAAACACUUAUUCAAAUGUAUGAUUUGGCAGACGCUUAUGCCGCUGUCUUCAAAUUUUUAAUCCAAGCCGAGUGUACUGGACUUUUCUAUACCUCACAAUUCGACUUUGAAAGUUGUGUAGAUUUCAUGGUGUGUGAAUUGGUCCAAUUUUUACCACACCUUGCAACGUUACUAUGGGUAGGUAAUCGGAAUAAUCUCGAAUCUUUUGUGACGACUGUGUUAGACACCUUUGGGAUGCCAUUGAUCGAAGGCCUCGACUUAAUCUACCAGAAGCCGAUCCUUGAAUUUUUCCUUGUCAAUGGCAAAGUUGGUUUUAUGAAAUUCUUUCACUUUUUAUUAAAGAAGGAGAAUCCAAUUGACUAUACUUCUCUUCAGUCGAUGAAAGGGAGUUGUAUAGCUUAUAUUGUUCAAAUUCACUCAACAACUACACAGCCAUUUGUUACGUUCAUAUUACAAGAAGGUUUAAAACCAUAUGUAACACACAACCACUUUAUUAUGACACUGAACUUCCCACCAGAAGAGUUACUCAAUGAGAUUCCAAAGAAGUGUAUAGUUGUACCUGAAGUUAUGAAGAGCUCACAAAUCAUCGACUCGGACACUUUCUUGAAGAUUGUUGAGUAUUUACCGCCACGAGUUAAACAAAACACUCCGGAGUUAAUCUUCACGUCGUCGGUUGAUGGGUUCAGUCUGAGAACUCUGUACUCCAAAUUGAAUAACUCGAUGAUGCUCCUCUUUCUCUUCCAAAAGGGGAAGUACACGUACGGCGCAUUUGUUGCUGAGGAUAUCGAGAUAAAGAGUGACUACUAUGGGAACAAAGAGACAUUUCUAUUUACAGUCAAGCCAGAACUGAAAAGGUAUUCCCAGAACAAGAAUAGUAAUCAAUUUGUUAUAAUGAGCAACUUCAGCUGUUUGGCUUUUGGCGGUGGAAGUGGAAGACCUGCACUUAUGUUCGACGAAAUGCUUAUGGCUAGUUCAGAGGCAUCUCAGACGUUUGGGAAUCCACCACUCUUCCCUAAGUACCUUAAUGGUGCUCGAUGUGAUAGAGUCGAGAUCUACUCUUUUUGUUAA